GGCAGCGGCCAAGGAGUGGGCCGACUUUGGCGACCUCGAGGCGCGGCACCGGCUGCUGGACGUCGUAGGGCGCAUGCCGCCACCGGGCGCCCCGCGCUCGGCCAAGCGCGUCCUCAUCAUCAGCGUGGGCUUCGGGCGGCUCCUGUUCCCCGCGCAGGCGCAGCUGGUGGAGAGGGCAGGCUACCAGAUCCACUGGUGCACGAAGCCGCCGAACCCAGAGACGCCCAACUUCGCGAUGGGCCCGCACCUGCAGCAGAUCAAGAGCGAGCUCGACCAGUUCCGGCCCGACCUGGUCAUGUGCGCAUCUAAGGGCGGCGCGUACGUGGUGGGCCUAUGGGAGGCUGGCCUGUGGCUCGGGCCCACGCUGAUGAUCAACGCCCACCCCACGUGCGUGCGCCUGCCGCGCGGCGUGCCCGUGGUGCUCGCGGCGGGCGGCGACGACGAGCACUAUCCCUCGACGAGGAAGGCCCUGCACCGGCUUGUGGCCACCGGCACGGCGAGCCACAGCUUCCUCUACUACGCGGCCGGCAGCGGCCCGCGCCUCCCGCCCGGCUUCGCGCCGCGCCCCGGCGACCGCCACAACAUGGACUCGCUGCUGCAGAACGACUGCCUGCCCCGCCUGAUGGACGCGGCCCUCUGCCCGGAGGGCGCCGAGGUGGCCCCCCGGCCCGACCCGCACCCACGCGGCGCUGGGCUCGGAGAGCCGCCUGCGGGCGGAGCGGCCCCUGCGCGAGGCGCUGCUGCAGCGGCUGGACGCCGCGCAGCGCCGCGGCGCCGCCGCGUGGCCGGCCCCGUCCGUGGAGCCCGGCAGCCAGGAGUUCGGCCUGGUCGCGGCCGCGUUCGCGGCGCCGCCCCGGGCCGCGUCCGCCUACCGCUUCCGGGCGGCGGUGCCCUUCGAGGCCACGCGCAUCGCCGCCGUCCACCGCGUGGAGCCCCGGCCCGACGCCGCCGCCGCCGCGCUGCGCCGCCUCGCGGAGCUGCGGGGCUCGCUGGAGCAGCGGGGCGUGCCCUUCGAGGCGGACGUCCACGCGCGCUGGGCCUUCUACCACGGCUGCGGGGCCUCGGCGCUGGGUGCCGGGCUCCAGCACCUCGACGGUCCGUGGGGUGCUGGCAUCUACUUCGCGCGCGAGGCGAGGCACUUCUGCGCCGUCAAAAACCGCCCCCCCAGGGCACUCCCGGGAGGCGCUGUGGCAAGAAUUUCAGAAGGAGGAUCCGGCCGUGACGACGAGGAGACGGUGCUCAUGUGCCUGCUGGCCUCGGGCCUGCCCUGCGUCGGCGAGGCGGCCGGCGGAGGCGAGCUGCCGCUCCGCGGGGGCGCGGUGGCCCACGACUGCGCUGUCGACAGCGCCGCGAGCCCGGAGCUCUACGUGGUGCCCCGCGCCGACUCGGCCGUGGCGGCGUACUUGAUCGUCCUGGCCUGACGAGUAGGCCGCGAGGCCCACACGCCCAACGAAGCCACCUCCCCCUCC